ACGACUGAAGGCAGGAGAACUUUCCUGGAACGCAUGACGUUUCCCUCCAGGACCUAAUAUCGGCUGGAACAUCCAAUUCGCAAUGGUGCAGCCGUUCUCAGGUUUCGGAAAGAAACAUUGUCCUGUUGAUGCAAGCGCAGAGUGAGCAGUCAGGACGGGCGGACCCCGGAGCUGCGGUGAGGCCUGGGGCAGAAGCGGCGUCUGCUGCCGGCGAGCCCGGCAGUGAUCGUGCGGCUCGCUCGUGCAGCCUUCGCGCGCUCCGGGGGUCACCAGCCACUCGAGCGCGUGUUGGCGUCUUUUGCAGCCGCUUGUCCGCUUCUCAGCGUGAGCGCCGUCCGCAGAAAGAUGUGCUAUAGCGGAGCAGCCGGGCGAUUGCAGAGCGCACCCCUGCCGGCCUAUGAACUCGCCCUCUACCUUGCCAUCACUGUUGGAUUCCACCUGUACUCAUUCUACGAGGUGUUCAAAGUCUCCAGAAUUUAUGAGAAAGACCUUGACUCGGAAUUUGGAUUUGAAAAUGGAUUCUUCAUUUGGGGUUUUAAGAAGGACCCAACAGACUUUGAAUGGAGCUUUUGGACAGAGUGGGUAAAGAAGUUGUUGCUGUGGACUCUCCUUGGUCACAUAAUCGUAUCACAAGUGUCCAAUGCCUUCUUUCCAAAGUUUAGGAUGUGGUUGUUUAUGAUCUAUGGGAUGUUGGCCUGUUUCAUUACAGUUGGCUAUAAAGGUCUGGCAGUAAUAUUGCUGCACUUGCUCAUCUCCUUUGCUGUGGCCCAGUUGCGAGUGCCUGUGUUUUCCUGGCUCUGCUCAGUUUUACUGCUGUACAGCUUACAAAUUGACUCUCUUGGAAGAAUUCAGAAACGCUGGUAUGAGACAGAGAAUGAAUAUUUCCUGCUGUUAUUCUGCUUGGCUCUUUGCAAUCUGCGUUACACAAGUUUCUGCCUGGAGUAUUGCUGGGACCGUGUCUCUCCUCAGAGAUGUUGUAGAUCCUUCUGUUGGCUGCUGACUUACGUUUUCUAUUAUCCUGUAUUUCACAAUGGACCCAUCAUAUGUUAUGAUGACUUUAAUAAACAGAUGCAGAGAACAGAGACAUCUGUCCCAAAAGCAGAUCUUGUGUGCUUGAUCCUGGGUGCAGUGCGCAUUUUCUUCUGGUGGUGGCUCACCGAGUCCAUGCUUCACUUCCUGUACAUUCACGCCAUCCAGCAUCAAGAAACGAUACUGGAAUCUGCUUCUUAUUGGACAUUAGGUGGCCUUGGGUUUGCUCAUACAUUAUUCUUCUAUCUGAAAUAUCUGCUGCUUUAUGGCAUUCCAUCAAUUAUCAUGUAUCUGGAUGGUAUUGAAGCACCAAGAUUGCCAAGGUGCACCAGCAGCCUGUACAGUUUUACAGGAACAUGGAGGGAGUUUGAUGUUGGACUACAUCGCUGGCUGGUUAGGUACAUAUAUGUUCCUUUGGGAGGCUCUCGGCAUGGCUUAAUAAGAAUGAUGUUCUCCUCUGCAUUGGCCUUCAGCUUUGUAUGCUACUGGCACGGUGGCCACAGCUUCAUGCUAAACUGGGCAACCAUGAACUGGGUUGGAGUAAUGAUAGAAAAUCUACUGAAGAUGAUCUGUUUUCUUUCACCUGCUCAAGAAAUCAUUGGAAGAUUUUUAUCAAGCAGAAUGCAGCGUCGAGCUCAUGGAGCCUUGGGAAGUGUUGCUACAACUCUACUCAUAUUAUCCAAUUUGGUAUUUCUUUGUGGGAAUGAAGUGGGGAAGAUCUAUUGGAACAGAACUUUCAUACAAGGUUGGCCGUGGACACCGCUCAUAGUUUUGGGAUAUUUUUACUGCUACACCCAAGUAGGAAUUGAAUAUGACAGAAUCAAAAAAUAAAUCCUUUGGUUUUGUUGUUUGUAUCAUGAAAUGAAAAUGGUAGUCCUGACCAUAUUUUGUUUGUGCUUAAAUGUUAAAAUAUAAGACACAUUUUCAUUAUGAAUAAUAUUUUGACUGCAUUCCCAUCUCUCUGUUUGAUAUGCUGCUGAGUAAAUUUUUAAACAUUUUCUGUACUGAAUAAGAUUUUUGGUAAUUGUAGAAUGCUUUAGUGCUCUUUGAAAUAACUUUAAAAAAAAUAUUGAACUGAUCUUUUAAAAUCUUUUAUUUGAUGCUUUCAGUCAUUUAGGCAUGUUAAUGCAGGUACAUGAAACUCCAUUGCAUAAUAUUUUACCAAUAUCAAUACAUUAACAAAUGUGGAAUUUCAUACAAACUGUUCCAUAUAUUUUAUAAAUGUGUACAUGAUUCUAAACCAAUGUACUUUAUUCGUGGAGGAUAAGGCUUAUGAGCCAGCUUUCAAUAGUAGCUUGUGAGCUACUUUGUGAGACUCAAUUAAGAUUAGAAUUGCUUCAUACAGCUGGAGAUUAAUGCAAGUUAAUACACCAGUUAAGUAAGAUAUACAGUAUCUGAUUACCCUAUCUCAAAGAAGAUUUAAGGAAUGGAAUUAAAUUACAACAAAAUUAUUGGAAUUAAUUUGAAACGUAUGAUGCAGUGUUGAGAUGUUAAAUCAAAGUGGGUCUAAAAUAUCAUUAUUCUUUGCUAUAUGUUGUCCAUUUUGCUAGAGAAAAAUCAGCUUGACAAUUUUAAACUAACUUUCAUUAAUCAAAUGGUAACUAUUCUAGCAGAACAAGUGCAACACCUCCCCCUACACCACUUCCCUCACUACCAUUCAGGGCCCCAAACGGUCCUUCCAGGUGAGGCGACACCUCACCUGUGCGUCUGUUGGGAUUGUAUACUGUGUGUCAGGUGCAGCCUCCAGUAUAUUGGUGAGACUCGACAUAGAUUGGGAGACUACUUCACUGAGCACCUACGCUCUGUCCACCAGAAAAUGCGGGAUCUCCCAGUGGCCAACCAUUUUAAUUCCACUUCCCAUUUCCAUUCUGAUAUAUCUAUCAAUGGCCUCCUCUACUGUUGCAAUGAGGCCACACUCUGGUUGGAGGAACAACAUCUUAUAUUCUGUCUGGGUAGCCUCCAACCUGAUGGCACGAACAUUAAUUUGUGUGCUUCCAGUAAUGCCUCCCCCUCACCAUUCUCCAUCCCCAUUUCACUCUCAUCUCUUUGCUUGCCUCCCUCUGGUGCUCCUCCCUCCUUUCUUUCUUCCAUGGUCUUCUGACCUCUCCAAUUGGAUUACCCCUUCUCCAGCCCUGUAUCUCUUUCACCAGUCAACUUCCCAACUCUGUACUUCACCCCUCACCCUUUCGGUUUCACCUGUCACCUUGUGUUUCUCCCUCCCCUCUCCCCAUCUUUCUACUCUACUGUUCAUCUUUUUCUCUCCAGUCCUGCUGAAGGGUCUCAGACCGAAACAUCGACUGUACUCUUUUCCAUAGAUGCUGCCCGGCCUAAUGAGUUCCUACAGCAUUUUGCGUCUGUUGCUGGGUUGCCAAGGAGGUGAGCUAUAGAUGAAGUCACCGAGUUUUACAAGAGUUGACAAACAUGUUCAAGUGACAGAUGAGGGUUGAAUAUAAGAAGAUAAGGCCAUAAGACAUAGGAGCAGAACUAGGCCAUUUGGUCCAUUGAGUCUGCUCUCCCAUUCCAUCAUGGCUGAUUUAUUAUUCCUUUCAACUCCAUUCCCCUGCCUUCUUCCUAUGAUACCCUUGCUAAUCAAGAACCUAUCAAUCUCUACUUUAAAUAUACCCGACGACUUGGCCUCCACAACCCUCUGUGGCAAUAAAUUCCACAGACUCGCCACCUACUGGCUAAAGAAAUUCCUCCUCAUCUCUCUUCUAAAGAGCAUCCUUGUAUUCUUAGGUUGUGCCCUCUGGUCCUAGAUGCUCCCACUAUAGGAAACAUCCUCUCCAGAUCCACUCUAUCUAGGUCUUUCAAUAUUCAAUAGGUUUCAAUAUGAUACCUGCUUAUUCUACUAAACUUCAGCCUAGAGCCAUCAAACAGUCCUCAUAAUUAACCCUUUCAUUUCCGGGAUAGUUCUGGUGAACCUCCUCUGGACCCUGUCCAAUGCCAGCACAUCCUUUCUUAGAAAAGAGGCCUAAAACUGCUCAUAAUACUCCAAGUGAGGUCUGACUAAUGAAGUGCAUCUGGACACAGAUCAUGUUGGUGUUCUGCCAGUAAACCUAAGGACACGACCUAUGGUAAAAUGGAAGGUCAAAUGCACCAAGACUUGAUUUUCUGACUUCUGUGUUUGACAGAAUACAUGUCGAUGUCUAAGUGUAUUAAGUGGUAACUGUUAAGAAUUAGUGUUUUUCUAUGUAAUUGCAAUCAGUUCCUUGUAGCCCAUUUGUUUCUUAUAAUAUGAUAUGUUAAAACUUGUUACAAAAUUUCAAUUAUUAAAAUUGAUUGUGGACUUCAAGAAGGGGAAGUUGGGGGAACAUGA